UUUGCUUUCGAUGUGAGAUUCGGAUUCGCUUCUGCAUCACUCGUUUGCUUUCAUGGCGAGAAAACUACGGAUUCGCUUCUGCAUAGGCUAUAAAUCCAGCGUGCUACUCUUCUUCUUCCUUGUACCUCUGGAUUGCUGCUCUCCUUCACGCGAACACCUCAUGUCACUUGAGAAGGACCUCGGCUUCUUGGCCGGAGAGGUGCAAGAGCUGAAGUGCAAAAGAGAGGCCGUCAGCCGAGAGGUGGAAGUGGCAAAAGUUCGGGGGCUCGAGCCCAAGCGCAGAGUGAUCGAGUGGAUGAAAUCCAUUCAACAACUUGAAACAGAAACCAGAUCGCUGAACGAGGAGUUCAGCAGGUUGAAGAGGAGGGGCGCUUGCAGCAGCCUCUCUGCGAAUUUGUCUUCCUCCAGCGAGCAGCUUAGAAGAAAAGCCGAGAUAGCAGUCGCGACCGCGGGGAAGCUGAAACGGAACGGCAAAUUCCGCAAGUUGGCCUUGCCCGAUGAAACGCUCGUCCCAGACGAGGCGUUCGAGCAGCUCCGACGACAUGCAAGCGACGGCAGCGUGAGCUUCAUCGGGGUCCACGGGAUGGGUCUGGCGGGCAAGACGGCACUCCUGAGAAGUCUCUACGAUGACUUCCUGAAACGCCAAACGGAUUAUGACGUGGUUAUCUACCUCGAGGUACGUGGUGAAGUGAUGGACGUCCAGAGCUCGCUCUGCAAACAACUGAGCUUGCCGUGUCCAGAAACGCAGAUCGAGAGAAGAGACCUGCUUUUCGGCGUCCUAAGUAAGUCGAACUUCGCACUCUUGCUGGACGACUUGUGGGAACCGUUGAAUUACGAGCUCGUGGGAAUUCCAAUUCCCAAUCCGUCCACGUCCAAGAUCAUCGUCGCAUCCCGACUGGAGGACGUUUGCAGUAGGAUGGGUGCACAGAAGACGAUCGAAGUGGAAGGCCUUGCGGAGGAGCAGGCCUGGGAUCUCUUCCAGUCCACUCUGUGGGGGAAGGAACCCAACAACGUGGACAUGAUCAUAAUCUAUCGCGCUAAAGCGAUGGUGUACAAGUGCGGUGGAUUGGCCGCGGCACUCGUCACCACCGCUCGAGAAAUGAAAGACCAAAAGACAUCCGAGGAAUGGAAGGAGAAAGGCCACAUCAUGAAGAAUGCACCCCACGAGCUUCCAGGUAUGGAAAAAGAAGUUCUUGGUCCUCUCAAACGCAGCUACGAUCGUCUGUCCGGUGAAUUGCAGAAAUGUGCCUCCUGCUUCGCGCUACAGGCAGAAGGGCGCCCCAUCAGAAAGGACCUACUUAUGGAACUAUGGAUAGCCGAAGGGAUCAUAGCCGACUUUGAGAACAUCGGCGAUGCCAUGAGCAGGGCGUCGCGUUUGCUGCAGGAGCUGACUGCAGCGUCUUUGAUAAAAAGGCUGGAUGACGAGACCUUCGAGAUGCACCCCAUGGUUCGUGCCAUGAUACUGUGGGUUGCAAAUGGCUGCGAGGAAAGGAAGAACAAAUGGUAUGUACGAGUCAAAGAAUGGGCGAAAGAAACGCCAGACGCUGGCAUUUGGAACGUCGCGGAGAGAAUAGCACUGUCUGGGAACGUAAUAGAAACUCUACCGGACAAUCUGGAUUGUCCUAAGUUGGUUUAUUUGGAUCUUGGAAACAAUCGACGACUCGAGCCGAUACCAGAUGGCUUCUUCGGCUGCAUUCCGUGCCUCAGGGUCCUAAAUCUGCAACAUGUUGAUAUAGAAACGAUUCCGGCAAACAUUGGCCAUCUGGUCCAUCUGGAAUAUCUUAGUCUGUGUGGCACGAGAAUCGAGUCUCUGCCAUCGAGCAUUCGAGACCUGGUAAAUUUGAAGCAUUUGAUAUUGCUAUCGACGAAUUCCUUGAGGGAUAUUGCCGGUGGAAUAAUGUCAGGGCUGGAGAAACUGAUGUGGCUGCAUAUGAUGGACAGCUAUAGUGGAUGGUCGACGGGAGAGGCCAGAGAGAUGGGGUCGUCGUUGGGAGAGCUGGAAGGCUUGGAUGAUCUAAGGGUUCUUGGCAUCACCAUCGCCACAGAGGCUGCUCUUCAAGGACUCUGUGGUUCACGACGGCUAGCAAUGCGCACGCACUGGCUCCAGAUAGAAGACUGCGACGGAUUGACCAGUUUCACAAUUCCAUGCUCGUUUUCUCUCGGGAAAGCCAUGCUCAAUUUGAUAGAGCUCCGACUGCACAAAUUACAUGAGCUAAAAGAGGUGGUGUUUAGUGAGAGUGAUGCUGCGCUUUCGAAUCUAAAACGCCUUCGUCUCUCGGAUCUACGGAGAGCCAAGCUCACCUGGGCGGGCAGCUGCCUUCAGAACCUCGAGGAGUUGGAGAUUGAAGAGUGCAACGGAAUAGGUCCUGCACUGAUAGAACUGGAGGACGAGGGGGCAAUGGAUGGCUUGCAGACCAUCACUAUCCUCCCUGAUCUCAAACGAAUCAAGCUCGAGAAUUUGCGGAGGUUGCAGAGCCUGAGCCAUGGGGCUGGAGUAUUUGCGUUUCGGAGGCUGGAGACCAUGGAGGUGGCAGAUUGCCCCAAGCUCAACAAGCUGAGCUUGGUUGCCCCGGAGCUGAAAGAGAUCAGAUGCGAGGUGCGGUGGUGGCGGCAGCUGGAUUGGAAGGACGAACGAACCAAGUGCUUCGACAAGCUCUUCAAACCGCUGUAGCUUCUUCGUUUCCGCCGCCGGAGACCAUGGCUUCCACGGAUGUGACGUGAGUGCAUGUGCUGUCCGAGUUGUGUGUGAGUGUCUGCUUGCGAGUUGGUUUUGUGUUGUGCUUGGCGUGCGAAGCUAAACUACCUUAUCAAAUGCUGGUUUUGAUUCUAUUUUAGCCAUUGAAGCCAAAUGUAAUAAAUGGAUGGAUGCAUGGGAGAUGGAACUCAUCAUUAUUUUGGUUCA